GCUUCCUUGUUCCUUGAACUGUUUUGCUCUUAGUUGAUAUAGUUUGAGGUUAUGCUAUUAUGAUGAUGAUCUUGUCAUAAAACAACUUGUUCUAAUUAUAAAAGAGUCUAUUUCACAUAAAAUAAUAAACUUUAAUUAAUUCACCGUUUUUUAUAUUUCAAACCAACAGGCCAAAUAAUUGAAUGAACGUGAUAAUAAUUGAGAUUUUCAACCAUAAUAGAUACAUUUGUUGACUGAUGAUACCCGUUACGAAUUCUUUUGCCCAUCACUCUCCAAGUGCGGCCAGCAAUAAUAAUUCUGCCUCAUCCAAUAGUACAAAAUCAAAUGCUAAGCCGAACUAUUCUUUGAAAUUCACUCUAGCUGGACAUACAAAGGCUGUUUCAUCAGUGAAAUUCAGUCCAAAUGGAGAAUGGCUGGCUAGCUCUUCUGCCGAUAAGUUAAUCAAAGUUUGGGGUGCUUACGAUGGUAAAUUUGAAAAGACUAUCGCGGGACAUAAGCUUGGAAUUUCUGAUGUGGCAUGGUCCAGUGAUAGCAGAUUGCUGGUUAGUGCUUCAGACGACAAGACUUUGAAAAUAUGGGACCUUAGCACGGCGAGAUGUUUGAAGACGUUAAAAGGACACAGCAAUUAUGUAUUCUGCUGCAACUUUAAUCCACAGUCUAAUCUAAUUGUAUCUGGCUCUUUUGAUGAAAGCGUGAGGACAUGGGAUGUGAGAACUGGAAAAUGUCUGAAAAUUCUUCCAGCUCAUUCGGACCCGGUCAGUGCAGUCCACUUCAACAGAGAUGGCUCAUUGAUUGUCUCAAGUAGCUACGAUGGACUCUGGUUAUGGAUAGUAUCAGGUUCAGAAGACAAUUCUGUGUAUAUAUGGAAUUUACAAACAAAGGAAGUUGUUCAGAAAUUACAAGGUCAUACAGAUGUUGUUCUCUGUACUGCUUGUCACCCGACUGAAAACAUCAUUGCUUCGGCGGCAUUGGAAAAGGACAGGACUAUCAAACUAUGGAAAAGUGAUAUUUAACCAAGAGCAUGAAUAGAAAAACAAUAGAUAUUACUAUUUGUAAAUAUUAUGAUUUUUCGAUUUUAUAUCAUACAUUCAUUUUCAAUAACUAUGCCAAUGAUCUGAAUCAUUCAAAUUUAAAAAUGCUUCUCAUUUAUUUCACAGUAUGUAUUUUAUUUUUCAUUUAUAAAUACUUCUUAUAGAAUUGUUA